AUGAUUAUAGCGAUGGAGGAGGACCCGAUGCAUUUUCCUGGCUCCAUGCGUCAAUUCGCAGCUGGUGCUCCCACUUCGGCCAGUAUCGUAUCAUUACAGAUUGUUUACCAAACUAUUGCUUCGACACCACACAGUGUUGCCAAAGAUUUCAAUAAUCUGUUAGCUAUUGCUGCGGCCACCGAAGUGGAUUUCAAGGAAGCUGCUGGCAUCAAGGAGUUCAUCAAGAACCCUAGCAAGUUUGUUGCUGCUGCUGCUGACCCUGUUCCAGCUACUGGUGCUGGCGCUGCUGCCGAAAAUAAAGAAGAACCCAAAAAGGAGGAGUCGGAGUCUGAGGAAGACGCCGAUACGGGUUUCGGUCUCUUCGACUAA